UAUUCUUGUUCAUUCAUCAUCUCCAUUUAGCCCACAACUCCAUUUUUGUUCAAAAUGAAGAGGGAAGGUCGCCAGCAUGGUAUGGUCAGGACCUACAGGAUCUUGCCUUCUCCAUGGAACCCCAAGCCCAACUCCAGAUUCAUCAACACCUUUGACUCUCCCCCGACUGCCGGAAUAUUUUCCAAGGUCCAUCCUCGUCCCACCAACCACUCCAAGUUCACCGGAAAGUGCACCAAGCCUCGUUGCAAUGGGUGUCACAUCCAACCUUGUUGUAAGUCCAAGGAUAAGACCAAAGGUACUGAGAAGCUCAAGUCUUUUGAUGUUGCUUCUAAUUAUAAAUUGAUCACUUGGAGGGUUGGGGAUGUUCGUCAUGGGUUGAAGUUUUCUGGGUUUUCUGCUACUGGGAUCUUGGAUCAUCUUGAUAAUGAAGAUUAUUAUUUGGACGAUGACAUUGAUGAGGAUUAUGAUAAUUAUUCGGAUCAUGAGAAUUAUGAGGAGAAUUUGAUUUCGAGCUCAAGAGAGAUUGUUGGAGUUGAAGAAAUUGCUGCUGCUGCUUCUGCUGCUGCUGCUGCUGCUGAUGAUGAUGAUGAUGUUGAGGACAACAGAGAAGAUGGAGAUGGAGAUGGUGAUGAUGGAUUGAGUUAUUGUGAUGUGGGUUUCCUAGUGGAUCAAAUUGAAGGAGAUGAUGAUUGGUGUUUGGUGGCAGAAAUGUGACUUUCCCUUGUUGAAUUAUUGUUAAUUUGUGUUUAUAAUUAUAAAUUUGGAAGAUGAUUUUUUUAAAAAUGCUUAUUAAAUUAAGAAUUAAUGAAAAAAUGUAAUUUAUGGGUUUGAUUCAGUUGGGUUAGUUGGAAUUUGGAUGUUAAUGAUAGGGAGCAAUUGACUUUGUUGUAUGUAUGUAAUUAGAAAUAAAAGUAAAGGGUAUUAGAGUAAUUUCAGCAAUUUUAUUAUUAUUUUUUUAAAUGUGGAGAUUGGAAGAAAUUAUUGUUA